AAAUACAACUGUGAAUAUGUAUACACUAAACACACAAGAGUGUACAUACGUUAGCAGGUACCAUUACACCAACCCCGUCUCCCCUGUCGGCCUACUCUUGACCAUCCCAUCUUCCUUUACACGCUAAUCACCGCGAAAGCAUCUUCAUAACUGAUACCAUGGUGGAUAGUAAACCGCCCAUCACCCACCGUGAGCGUCUUGCUGCGAUAGGCCUGAAGGCGUACGAGAAGGCCAAGGACCACGGGCAGAAUAAGAUCACAGACCAAGCACGCUGUCAGAAGUGUCUGAAACCGGGCCAUUGGACAUACGAGUGUAAGCAGUCGGCGAAAUACGCCCACAGACCCACCCGUACCGCCGCACUGAAGAACCCUUCUCUUGCGCCUAAGCAUACACCGGCCAUAUUAGGACCAUCCUCCAAGCGUAAGCGCAAAGACUCUACUUCUUCGUCGUCGUCGUCUUCGUCUAGCUCUGGUUCGGACUCAUCGGGUUCCAGCAGCAGCGGCAGUAGUAGUAGUAGUGGCAGCUCUGAUUCGAGCAGUAGUAGUUCAUCGAGUGGCUCCAGUUCCGGGACUAGUGACAGUGCGAGUGAUUCUGACAGUGGCAGCGAUAGACGUAGACACAGAGGGCGUAGGGGCCGGGACAAACGCGGGAGAGGCAGAGAAUCGGAUUCUAAAAAUAGGAAUCGGACAAAAAGCAGGGCGAGUGGUCGGAGAUACCAAGCCCGAAGCUCGGGCGGUGGGAGGUCAACGGGCAGAUCAGCGGAUGAGCCGAAGACAGGUAGACGGCACUCGCGGGAUGAGGGUAAGGAUAGGGACAGUGCCGAUAAGAAGGGGCAUCGCCAAGCAAGCACCAGCGGAUCGGAUGCUGAUGCCGAUGCGACUGUAAGUGAGAGGCAGGCGGCUGGACCUACGGACAAGGACGAGUCGAAGACACGCAGGCGUGUGGGGGAGAGUGCAUCGCAUGGUACUGGUGAUUGCCCACACAGACGCAGCCGCAGCGGUGGUAUUAGGCGCUCGCGCGACCGCAGCAGUAGACCGCGUCGACGUGAACGGGCGAGUGCGCGAGAUAGUUCCGAUAGUCGGGAGAAGGGCCGGGACAGUAAGACUGGGGAGAGGGCGAGGGGCAGUAAGAGGUACAAGCGCAACAGCCGUAGUAGUUCGGAUCGUGGCAGCAGAAGUUCCAGUCCAUCGUCACGCUCGGAUUAGGCGCGAUAUGUGUGGGAGAGGUGGUAUAUGCUGUGGUGUGCGCGAAGCCUUGUACGUUAGGAAGGCUCUAUCGCACGCCAUGCCUUAUCGGUGAACGGUGUGUAGAGCCCAUUUCUGUAGAGACUCAUAGAAUGCAACAGCGGCACUUUUGGCUGUAGUGGCGUUGUUUCCACGGUCCAAUAAGUGGCGAGGCUUUAGCGCUUUGUGCUGUUUGACGCGAUGCGAUUGGCCCGUGGGAAUAUACCAGCGGGCGAUUGGUUAUACGCCGUAGACCUGAAGAGAUGCAGCGACGUAUCAGGAUGGGUGGAGAGAAUUCCGGACGAGACUCAGACCGAAAACGUGAGCCAUAGAGUAGGUCUGCCCAGGGUUGUAGUACGCAAGGUUGUAUUUCUCGUGGAGGUGUCGGGAGGUGUAUUUAGUUCAUCAUCACGCCUGGAUCAGUACAUGUUGCGGUGCGAGUGGCUUUUAUUUGCAGGUUAGCGCUGUAUGAUACACUGUGUAAACGAAGAGGCAAGCGAAUGUGAUGGUAAAUUUUUGGGCCUUUGUCUUAGAUGUGGGAAUACAUUCGUGUAUCUGCGAAAGCUUGUAGAUGUGUUGCACAGUUUAUCAGCGGUAUGAGACUGCCGAAGAGUGUGCGGCAAUUCUGUGCACUCAAGUAGAGUAUGAAUGGAGUUCAAAGGAAAUCGGUAGUCUGAGAAGGGCGUGUGCGACAAAUAAGAUAUGACGAAGCUUAUUAUCGAGAUAUUGACAGACUUGGACAAUAAACGUGUGCAGCUGA